CGCCGGGAGAAACAUAAGAGGGCGCAGAAGAUUCACCUCGAGAGAGAUAUCCCAGGUCACGGACCAUUGCCACUGCCUCCCAGCCAGGCGCAUUGGCUCCCACCGUCAAGUGCCAGUCCUCACGGGUGGCCCGACACUGUACAAGCGGAGCGCGAUGGCCUGAACCGCUUUGCCUCUCACAACGGUGAUCAUCCAGCUAUUGGAACGCCGGAUGGAUCUCCGCAUCCUCUUUCCAGAGCUGGCCACGAGCCUAUGGUCCUCCAGCUUCCGGAGCAGCACCGUCAGCAUGCGACGCCUCAGCAUCGUCAGCUGUUGCCGGCGGCCCAAGCUCCCCUGUCCAUGAGGCACUCUCUCCCAUCUACAGGGGACUUCAGACCUGCCAACGGUGGGUUUACCCCAGCAAACCGGCCCGUGACCAGCAGACCACAGUCUCCAUUAGCUGUGAUGCCCGUCAUGUCGGCACCCAACUCGCCCACCGCCCCGGAAAAUCCAAGCGAACCUUUGGUGGAGAUCAACCAAGAAAAUCUUGUAUUACGACACGAUGGGACUGUCUACACCUCGCCCGCGUGCAUGGUAGGCGUGCCGAGGGACAAGAUACACCCUGGCGACCAGUACUGGGAACACCAUUGGACGGAUGUGCGACCGGAGGUCGUGAAGGAGAAGGAAUGCUGGGAACAAAAGCACCAGAAAGCUCUUAAACGCUGGGCAGAGAAAAAAGGGAGUGAAUCCUACUAUUACACGACUAAGAAGUGGGUGCGCCGAGGCGAUAAGAUCAUCGAGUUCCUCGAUGACCCGAAACAGAUCAGCCCUUACCAGCUACUCGCCAAGAAAUUCAUGAACGCGUCCGGGGGCUGCAUCACGUCUUACAAAACCCUUUCUUGCCUGUGCGAAACCCUGUCCGAGCUCGCCAAUUACGACCUAGACAUUGAGCCCCUGGACUGGAUGCGCCACCGACUAUACGAGAUUCAUCUCCAGGCUCCGGGCGGUUCCUUCGAUCUUUGCAAGAUCCUGAACGACUUCUACCACGAUCCCAAGCUGACUGAUCUGCGGUUCAAGCAUGGACACAAGAAGCGAGGAGCGACGUUCUGGUCCAAACCGGGUAGGUCACUCAGACGUGUCGCCAGCGCGCAAUUACGCAAGCGCCAGGCCGCUCCAGCAGCACUUGAAGGUCCCCACGAAGACGAUAAAGGCUCCUUUACUCAAUCCCGUUUCGUCGUUUCUGCUUAGAAUCCGCGCACAGGACAUGGAAGGCUGGGGGCGCCUCGAAGUCAGGGACAUUGGAGCUUCACGAAGUCGAAGUGCAGCAAGCUUCAAGCCCGCAGGCUAUGAACGGCACACACGAAGUAUCGCGAGACAUUGCAUGGAAAGUGUAGCAGCACAUGCAUUUGACAAGCUGAAGCCCGCGGCGCCCUGCAAGAGAAGCUUUUGCUCAUUUUCGUCAUUGCCCGUCCCCCUCGGAGUUCAGGUACCGCGAAGGCAACAUUUUUGCUAUUUUCAUCUGCUCGUUAUCGUCCAGCGACCUACCCCAA